AAACCGGAAGUAAGCAAAGAUGUCUGCGCCCGAUGAGGACACGUUUGCCGAGGAAGGAGGCGAGAUGGAGGCGAUGGACGAGGCUGGCAGCGACGAUGAUGAAGGAGUGGACAUGGAGGAGGAAGGUGCAGGAGGAGAAGGGGAGAGGAAAGUGUACGUGCCCGGGAUUGAGCCGCUGCAGCCCGGAGAGGAGCUGGAGAUGGACCGGUCUGCGUACCGCAUGUACCACGAGUGUCAGACAGGUGCUCCGUGUCUGAGCUUCGACAUCCUGAGAGAUGGAGACGGAGACAACAGGGAGCAGUUUCCUUUGUCCAUGCUGCUCUGUGCAGGCACACAGGCGGACACAGCCAUGAGCAACAGACUUCUUGUCAUUCGCAUGCAUAAUCUUCAUGGAACAGAGAAAGACAAAGAGGGUGAAGAAAGCAGCGAUGAAGAAAGCGAUGAGGAGGAGGAGGAGGAGGAUGAAGAUAAGAAGCCACAGAUGGAACUGGCUAUGAUGCCUCACUAUGGAGGGAUCAACAGAGUCAGGGUGACCCGACAUGGAGCGCAAUCACUGGCCGCCGUCUGGUCAGAGAAGGGACAGGUAGAAAUAUUUGACCUCCAGUCACAGCUGGAAGCCGUGAACAGCCCUGCUGCCAUGGCUGCUUUCCUCAGACAGCAGAAGGAGGCCACAGCCCUCUUCAGCUUCUCAGGACACAUGACUGAAGGUUUUGCUAUCGACUGGUCACCUACAGUGCCUGGUCGCCUCAUCAGUGGAGACUGCAAAAAGAACAUCCAUGUGUGGGAGCCAAGAGAGGGCGGGACCUCAUGGCAGAUUGACCAGCGACCUUUCAGCUCCCACAGCAAGUCUGUGGAGGAUCUGCAGUGGUCGCCCACCGAAGCUACAGUUUUUGCAUCCUGUUCAGUGGAUCAGUCUAUUCGUAUCUGGGAUAUCCGUGCUCCGCCCAAUUCAAUGCUUUCAGCCGAUGGAGCUCACUCAUCCGACAUCAAUGUGAUCAGCUGGAACAGGACCGAACCAUUCAUCCUGUCGGGAGGGGACGAUGGGCUUCUGAAAGUGUGGGACCUUCGACAGUUCAAGACUGGGCGGCCUGUGGCGAACUUCAAGCAGCACACCGCUCCCGUCACAUCCGUGGAGUGGAGCCCUGUGGACUCAAGCGUGUUCGCCGCCUCUGGAGCGGAUGACGUCAUCAGCCAGUGGGAUCUGUCGGUGGAGUCUUGCGAUGUGGGCGCCAGGGUGGAGGGGGUGAAGGACUUACCCCCUCAGCUGCUGUUCCUGCACCAGGGUCAGUCAGAGAUUAAGGAGAUCCACUGGCACCCGCAGCUACCUGGUGUGAUGAUCUCCACGGCUCUGUCAGGUUUCAACGUGUUCAGGACAAUAUCUGUGUAGCGUGUGAGUGUGAGUGUGAGUGUAUGUGAGUGUGUGAGAUAGAGAGAGAAAACUAUUUUUGCAUUUGCAUUAGUAGUACACAUUCAGUGUGUAAUGAGCAGGAAACUUAACAUGUUUCAUCUUUAAGAAACUUGUAAUAAUGUACAGAACUCAGCUGCGUACAAUAAUUCUUCUUUCUGACAUUUAUUGGCCAACAUAGGCGCCAUAUGGUGUUAUAAUCUCUGCUAUUGAACUCUCAGUCUGUAUGUUUUACAGAUGUGUGAACUAUUUUAGGCAUUCCCUGUUGCAUGCUUAAAAUAAAAUGUUCAAAACUGUU